AUGAAUGAAUCGUUUUAUUUGGAUGAUGACGAUCCGUGUGCUGUCGAGUGCAGUGAUCGUCGAUUUUACAUGGCCGUCGCUGGCACGCUGCUCUCGUUCGUCUCGUUGUUCUGCAACGUGCUCAUCGCAAAGGUUCUGUACAGCUCAAAUCAUGGGCACUUCUUCUUCUUAGCCUUACUAGCCAUCAGCGACAGUUUUUUGUCAUUUAUGUACGGACCGGUUAUCGCCAUGGAUAUUAUAAAGGAUAAGCUGAAGGUAAAGAAUUCGAUGAAGAGCCUAAAUCUCAUAGUAUUUGAGGUUUUAACAGAAAACGAAAUAUUUUGGACAAUAUUUAUUUGUGUUUAG